GGUCGGAGACUUGGAGUGACCGACGUCGGAGGUCAGAGACCGGGAGUGUCGGAGGUCGGAGGCGAAGACUGCUCGAGAUAAGUCAGAGACUGGGAGUGACCGUGGUCGAAGGUCGGAGACCGAGAGUGUCUGAGGUCGGAGCUUGGAGACUGAGAGUGUCGGAGGCCGGAGGUCAGAGGCCAGGAGUGACUGAGGUUGGAGGUCGGAAACUGGGACAGUCUGAGGGUGUGGGGGGGAGAGGGCCGGAUGCUGCUGGGACCCCACUUCCCUGGACUUGCCCGAAGUUGGGGGCCACUGUAGGAGAGAGAGAGAGAUUGGCACCAGCCUCCCUCCCGGCGCCCCUGGACCCCGUCCACCCUGGGGCAGCUGGGCCUGGCCGGGGGGCCAGCCAUGAGGGUGCAACAUUUGUAGGAGUGUCUGGCUGGAGCCGAGAGCUGCCCCGUCCCCCCCUCACAAGUGGCCCAUCGUCCCCGGAGGCCAUGGCUGCCUGCACACUGGGCAGUCCGGCUACAGCCGAGGGUCAUCCUCCCGCGAGGCACACGUCCUGCUGCCAACUGUGGCUGGGCUGCCCGGCUCGAACAAGCGGCUCCAGGGUGGAGCAGGGGAUGGAGGAGGCAAUGUCGGCGGUGUCACUGAAUGAGAUGGAGCCCCUGGCGUUGGAGGAACAGCCAGUGUUGGAGGCGGAUCCACUGGCCUUGGAGGAACAGCCAGUGUUGGUGGCGGAUCCACUGGCCUUGGAGGAACAGCCAGUGUUGGUGGCGGAUCCCCUGGCCUUGGAGGAACAGCCAGUGUUGGAGGCGGAUCCACUGGCGUUGGAGGUGGGGCCACUGUCAUUGGAGGAGUCACUGGCCCUGGAGACAGGACCACUGGCGUUGGAGUCGGUGCCAGUGUUGGAGGAGGUGGAUCCAGUGGCAUUGGAGGUGGACCUUGAUGCAGUGGGGAGCGGCAGUCUGAUGGCCAGUGGUGAUCCAGAAUGGAUGUGGGGAUCCCUGUUGGAGCCGGUGAUGCCGGGGAUCCCACGUGUGGUGGUGACGGAGCACGGGGGCGGUGGUUGCCCGGAGUUUGGGGAGGAGGGGACUGCCAGCCCCCGCAGACUGUCCUCGUCCUCGGCCUCCUCGGCCGGCUGCUCCUCGUCCUGGGACGAGUCGUCGGAGGAGGUGUCCAGUGACCCCGAGGCUGCCGGUCGGCACGGCAACGACCUGCUACAGGCCGAGGAACAGGGCGCCCGGCCCCGCGUGAGUAAAUCGUGGAGGAAGAUCAAAAACAUGGUGCACUGGUCUCCCUUUGUGAUGUCCUUCAAGAAGCGGUAUCCAUGGAUCCAGCUGGCAGGACACGCAGGCAGCUUUGAGCCUGGGGGUGCAGGUGUGGUGUUGAAGCGACACAGUGUGUGUGAGGAGCACUGCCUGCAGCGGCUGAUGCGCGACGUGCUGCGACCCUUCGUGCCCGAGUACCACGGGCCGCUGGAGCGCGCAGGACUCCGCUUCAUCCGCAUGGACGAUCUACUCGCUCCCUUCCUGCGGCCUAGCGUCAUGGAUUGCAAGAUGGGUGUCAGGACGUACUUGGAGGAGGAGCUGGGCCGGGCGCGGGCUCAGCCCAGUCUGCGGAGGGACAUGUACCUGAAGAUGGUGGAGGUGGACCCGGCAGCCCCCACCCCACAGGAGCACACGCUGCACGCCGUACUCAAGCCCCGCUACAUGCAGUGGCGCGAACACUGCAGCUCCAGCGCAUCCCUCGGAUUCCGCAUCGAGGGCAUCAAGAGCGAGGACGGGAGCGUGAACCGUGACUUCAAGCGGACCAAGACUCAGGAGCAGGUGAUGGAGGUAUUCUGGGAGUUCAGCCGACGGAGCAAGGUGGUGCUGGGCCGGUACCGGGAGCGUCUGGCUCUGAUGCGUGAUGUGCUGGAGCGUUCGCCUUUCUUCCAGACACACGAGGUGAUCGGGAGCUCCCUCCUCUUUGUCCACGACAGUGACCAGGCCAAAGUUUGGAUGAUAGAUUUUGGGAAGACCACACCUCUGCCGUCCGGCCAAACCCUGACCCACCGCCGGCCGUGGGUGGAGGGCAACCGGGAGGACGGCUACCUGUUGGGGUUGGACAACCUCAUCUCCAUCCUGGCUCACAUGCUGGAUGCUCAGGACUGAGCCAGUACUGCCAGGCCCGGCCCAGCACAGAACCCUCCAGAAAUGGCUCAGUCCCUCCCCGAGCACGGAGCGGGGAACGGACGUGAUCAACGGGGAGUGAACCUCCGUAUGCGAUUCUCCCGGCUCUAAUCCCACAGGCCGGGCCCUAUUAAUACUGGCUGAGCCUUAUUCCCACAGGUUGGGUGCCUACUCCCACAGGCAAAGGCAUGGAAUUUCCAAGUUCUCCUUGUGACCACGUGGGUUUCCUCCGGGUGCUCCGGCUUCUACCCACAUUGCAAAGACGUGCGGUUUUUGGUUAAUUGGCCCUCUGCAAACUGCCCCCCAGUGUGUAGGCAGUGCAUGAGACAGUCGGAUAACAGAACUAGUGUGAACACGUGAUCGAUGGUCGGUGUGGACUGGGUGGGCCAAAGGGUCGGUUUCCAUGCCAUGUGUCUAAGCUAAACUAAAGAUUGUACACAGACUGUGCAUUAAAUCUGAUCUGUAUAAAACUCUUGUGUCGCCUCGUCCUCCCCACCAGACACCGCGCGCGGGCGGCGCAGUCAUGGAGACAGGCCAGGGGAGUGAACGAAGCAGAGGGGUCCCAGAGUAGGGCAAUCAGAACCAGCGGUCAUGGGUCUGCAGUGAGAGGGGAAAGGUUUACGAGCAACCUGAGGGGCAACUUUUUCACACAUAUAUAUGGAACGGGCCACAAUGAUCAGGGAAAUGUACAAUGGAUCAUUGUUAGCUGAGGGAAAGGUGACUAUUCUAGUUUCACUGUCCUCCUUACAUUUUACUGAUUGUAUGUCUCGUUGUCACCUUCUCCUUGGGUCUCGACCCGAAACCUCACCUAUUUCCCUCGCUCCAUUGAUGCUGCCUCACCCGCUGAGUUUCUCCAGCAUUUUUGUCUACUUUCGAUUUUCCAGCAUCUGCAGUUCCCUCUUAAACAGAUCUCAGCUAUGGUCUGCAGAGACACCUGGUGGACAACGGCCAUUGUGUGAUUACCUCACCGUUAAACCCAAGGUAAGACAUCAAAAGCUGGAGUAACUCAGCGGGACAGGCAGCAUCUUCCUACACACCUCGCAGUUCAAGGCAGGACCACGAGUCAACAGUGUUUAAUUGUCAUAUUCACCGAAAAACAAAACACUGAAAUUGUUACUUGCCUCUACUACCUCUUAUGGCAGCUCGUUCCAUAUAUUCAUCACCCUCUGUGUGGAAAACGUUGCUCCUCAGAUUCCCAAUAAAAACUUCCCAUCUCACCUGAAACCUAUGAACCUGGUUCUUGAUUCCCCCACCCUAGGUAAGACCAACCAUUCGCCUUAUUCCACCUCCUUCUCCCUGCUCCCGUCCAGCAGGAGGUACAGAAGCUGGAAAGUGCGCACCACCAGACUCAGGAACAGCUUCUUCCCCUCUGUUUGCAGAUUUCUGGACGGUCCUUCCAUAAGCUAGGGUACUGUCCGAUUCACCUCAACCCCAUUGCGGACAUUGGACUUUGUCUAUGGUACUGAUGCACUACAAUGUCGAGAACUAUAUUCUGCACUCUGUAUCUUCUCCUUUGCUAUACUUGAGUUUAGCUUGAUUGUAUUAAUGUACAGAAUCUGAUCUCAUUGAACAUGCAAUACAACUAAUUUCACUGUACCUCUCCACACGUGACAAAAAUAAACCUAUUCCCCU